GGCUGCGGCCGGCUGCUGCGCUUCGGCCGCUCCCCGGAGUCAUUCCGAACUUGUCCGCAGCCCCCGGCAGCAGGCGCCUACCCAGAAUGCGGAGGCGCGGCCGCUGCUCCGCCGCCACCAUGGGUCCGGCCUCCGGCUCGGGAGCGUGGAGUCUGCCGCUUGGGCUGCUGCUGCUAGCCUCGCUCCUGGUGCCCCAGGCGGAUGCGGCGCGGUUACGUGCGAUGCUGUACUCGACCGAAGACCCCCUCCAGCUGCUAACGGAGAGCACCUUGAAGCCAACUGCCCUGGGCUCCCCCAGCGCCUGGGUAGUAGAGUUCUUCGCCUCCUGGUGCGGACACUGCAUCGCCUUCGCCCCUAAAUGGAAAGCCUUGGCCAAUCAAGUUAAAGACUGGAGGCCUGUGCUCAACGUAGCAGCUUUGGACUGUGCAGAAGAAGUGAAUUCGGAAAUCUGCCGGAACUUUGGGAUUCUUGCUUACCCUACUGUAAAGUUUUUUAAAGCCUUCUCAAACAGCUCUUCCACUGGAACAGAUUUCACAGCUGGGAAAAGUGUUGAAGAGCUUCAGACAUCGCUCAUCGAUGCCCUGGAGACACAUAGUGGUGGGCCGUGGCCCCAGUCUUGUCCCACGUUGGCACCAAUCAGGUUGGAGGAGAUCGACAAUUUCUUCUUGAGAAACAGUGAUGAAUACCUGGCCCUGAUCUUUGAGAAGGAAAACUCCUAUUUGGGUAGAGAGGUGGAGCUGGACCUAUCUCAGUAUCAAGGCAUCAAAGUGCGCAGGGUCGUGGAUGUACAGGAUGAUAUAGUAAAGAAAUUUGCUGUCACUGCCUUCCCUUCCUGCUACCUACUGACCAGAAAUGGCUCCAAGUCCAGGGUCUCUGUGCUAAUGGAAUCCAGAGCUCUUUAUAGCACUUACUUACAGAAGUUACCUGGAGUGGGCAAAAGGACUCUUACCCCGACGGUCAACCCAACCCUAACGGUCAACCCAACCACAGCAGAAUGGAUACCACGUCCUGUAGACCAUUCCAAGAUAUAUAUGACUGAUCUGGAGUCUGCUCUCCACUACAUCCUUCACAUAGAGGUGGGCAAGUUCAAAGUCCUGGAGGGAGAGCGUCUGACAGCUUUGAAAAACUUUGUGUCAGUCCUGGCCAAGUACUACCCUGGCCAGCCCCUGGUCCGGAAUUUCCUUCAUACCAUGGAUGUGUGGUUACGGCGGCAGCAGAGGAAGAGUAUACCCUAUGUCUCCUUGGGAAUGGCCAUGAAGAGCUGGAGAGAGGAUGUACUUUUGCCCAGGAAAUCAAUCUGGGUGGGCUGCCAGGGAAGCGAACCUCACUUCCGAGGAUUUCCUUGUUCUCUCUGGAUCCUUUUCCACUCGCUGACGGUACAGGCAGCUCAGCACAAUGAGUACCUUCAGAAGAAAGCAGAUCCCCAGGAAGUCCUCCAAGCCAUCCGAGGCUAUGUGAAAUUCUUCUUUGGCUGUCGAGAAUGUGCCAAACACUUUGAGCAAAUGGCGGCUGCCUCCAUGGACCGAGUAAAGAGUAUGGACGAUGCCGUCCUCUGGUUCUGGAACCGGCACAACCGAGUCAAUGCUCGCCUAGCAGGUACAGCUAGUGAGGACCCUCAUUUCCCUAAGAUCCAGUGGCCACCAAAGGACCUAUGUGACUCGUGCCACAAUGAAAUCCAAGGAGACCCUGUGUGGGAUCUAGGUGCCACUCUUAAAUUUUUGAAGUCCCACUUUUCUCUUUGGAACAUCGUCAUCGACCGUAAACGGUCUGUGGAAGCCUUGGUUGGCUCUGGGAGCUGGCACAGAGAGCUGGAGAAUCUUACUUCCUCCCCUCUCGCUGAGCAACCAAGUCCUACAGAGUCACCGAGAGAGGAAGAUUUGAGAGGAGAUCAAAAUGAGAUUUCAGAUUAUUUGUUGGCCUGGCUUUUGGGGAGUAGAGUUCCAUAUAUGGUGAAAAAAGUCAUCUCAACAGAGAGCGAUGGCUUGACAACAGAGUUGCCAGAAUAUUCCCGUGUGGAGGAAAUGAAGGAACUCCCAGAGAAGCAGGCAAGAGAAGACCGAGAUGCCCAUAAUGAUAAGUCUAAUGAAGCUAAGUCCCUGAUCUCUGACGAUGGAGAUAGAUCUCUGAUCCUGAAUGAUGGAGCUGAGCCCUCGAACCCAGAUAAUGAAGCCCAGUCCCUGAUCCCGUAUGGUGGAGCUGAGCCCUUGAUGCUGGACCACGGAGCCAGUGAGCUGUUCCCAAAGCCACAGGUUGCACAGAAACUGACCAAGCGAGACACGUUGACCCUGCAGCUGGAGGAAGAUGCAGACGAAGUCAAGCAACUGUCCAGUUUCUACAAGAGAAAGGAGAGUGCUAGAAGAUGAGGAGUUUCUCGGCAGUAUUGCUAUGAGCCUUUGUUCCUUCCUCUUCAGCCCCAAGGACCCUAUCAAAAACUUGGAACCCUGGACACUCUUGGAUUAAUAAAAGAAUGAAGAAGAAAAAAAGCCAUAAUUCAGAAGUUCUGGCCCCCCAGUGAAGAGGUCUAGUGCCUUGCUUAGCCACUGUGGGGUCUGGUCUGAGAUUGGAACCUGGGAGUUUCUGGGGUUAUGCAGCUUUCUUAGGUGUAGGUUUGGAUGUGUGUGUUGGGGGGAUGGGGGAGGUUAGAAUGGAGUAGAAUCCUUACCUAGGUGGGUUUGCAUUUCCUCUGAAACCCUACAGAUACACUUGCUGCUAGCUUUCUUUCCAAAGUAAUCAUCCUUCCCAAAGCAGCACCUUCACCUUGAGUGCCAUUGAGAAUUCACUGGUGUUUGCUCAUCUGGGGGUGGGGGUAGGGGGCAAAGUUGCACCAAGGUUGUGGGUAGAAUUAUUUGAUUAGGUAGCAAGGGGGCAUGGUGGGGCUUGCAGGGUGUUGGGGGUGCACUAUAAUUUAUUUGUGGUGGGUUCUGGGUGGCUUGGUAUAUAGCUGUGAUCAUGGGAGAGGGAAGCUUUACACCAGAGAUGAGAACUCUUCGCAGGAAGGGAAAAGGCUCGGGAGAAAGUCAUUUGGCUUUCUUCCUUCUGUUGAGCUAGAGCCUUGUAUUUUGAGCUAUGUCCUCUUGUAUUCAUCUUCCUGUUUUUCCUCUGACAGUGACAUGGGGCAUUGGUUGACUGUAUAUUGGGCUUGGCUAGCAGGGUUUCCUCUCCCUACAGACACCAGGUUCUAUAUUGGUCAAAUGGAAGGAUGGGGGCAGGAAGGAAGAAUGCAGCCUGAGUCUAUGAAAUGCCUAUCUCAGCUGGUGAUUUGCAGAAUAAAUUAUUUUUUGCUAAGGCAA